AUGGAAGCGUUAUAUUAUUAUAUCCCAUUAAUCUCAUUAAUGUUCUUAGCCAUUUCUAUCUUCACAGAUUACUUCUUCCACAAACUCCGAAACCUUCCUCCAAGACCAUGGCUCCCUCCCCUACCUAUAAUCGGCCAUCUCUACCUUCUCAACAAACCACUCCACCGGUCCCUCGCCAAACUGUCAGCGAAACACGGCCCUAUCCAACUCUUGCAAUUUGGUUCGCGUCGAGUUCUUGUUGUCUCCUCUCCCUCCAUCGCCGAAGAAUGUCUCACCAAGAAUGAUAUAGUGUUUGCAAACCGCCCUCAGCUGCUUGCAGGCAAAUAUCUUGGCUACAAUUACACCAGCCUUGUCUUUGCACCCUAUGGCGACCACUGGCGGAACCUCCGCCGUAUCUCCUCUCUUGAAAUCUUUUCAUCUCAUCGACUAACAGAGUUUGAACCCAUUCGUGCGGAUGAAGUGCGGCAUAUGAUGCGUAAACUCUAUCAAUCAUCGUUGAAACUCGACCCUGUGGUGCAUGUUAGGCCUAUGUUGGUUGACCUAACGCUUAAUGUUGUGAUGAGGAUGAUUUCUGGUAAAAGAUAUUAUUAUAGUAAAGAUGAUGUGCUAAUAGAUGAGGAGAAGGAAAAGGCACAUCGAUUUCAAGAGAUUGUGAAUGAGAUUUUGAAGCUUGUUGGAGCUACAAAUGUAGGGGACCACGUGCCAAUGUUGAGGUGGUUAGGAGUGAGCAAAUUGGAAAAAAGAUUGAUCUCUUUGCAAGUAAAGCGAGACUUGUUCAUGCAGGAGCUAUUGGAGGAGUUAAAAGAGAACAUGGAUAGUAAUGGGAACCAGAGAAAGAAUAUGAUUCAGAAGGUAUUAUCGCUUCAAAAUUCUGAGCCUGAGCUCUACACCGAUGAAUUGAUCCGCAGCAUGACACUGGUAAAUAGUAACAAAAAGAUAUUAUAUUUUAUUCUUUCAUUUUACACCAACAAACAACCAUAUAAACAAGUCGGGUCGGACCGAGCUUGUUGA